AGUUCUUCCUCCUCUAGCUUGAGUGGCUAAGGAUGGCAGAAGCACCACCAUGGUCCAGCCGGUUUUUCUGUCAUAGAUGUUCAGCAGAGAUUAGACCAAGGCUUCCCGAAUAUACAUGUCCAAGAUGUGAUUCUGGGUUUAUUGAGGAACUGUUGGAAGACAGAAGUGCUGACUAUGGCUCCAUGCCUACCAUCUCCAGUGGACCCUCGAACCAACAACCAUUUGAGCACACUGCAGACCCACACUGGUAUGCAUUCCCCACGGGCUAUGUGCCAUUUACACUGGGUGUUUUUGAUGACACUUUUGACGUUGGGGCCACACUGGGAGCAGAAGACAACCAAGAAGCUGAAAACCGCCGGGAGAGGGACCUGGCGUCGCGACAGCGAUACAGUGCCAGGCAAUUGAGAAGUCGUCACAGUUCAAGACAAGUCGGACGACAUGAGGGAGUUCCCACCUUGGAGGGAAUCAUACAGCAGGUAAUGAAUGGAAUAAUUGCCCCCACUGCAAUGCCAAAUAUUGGUGUUGGACCUUGGGGUGUUCUUCACUCAAAUCCUAUGGACUAUGCUUGGGGGGCUAACGGACUAGAUGCUAUUAUAACGCAGUUACUGAACCAGUUUGAGAACACGGGACCUCCACCUGCUGACAGGGAUAAAAUAAAAAGUCUUCCAACAGUACAAAUUACGGACGAUCAUGUUGCUUCAGGACUGGAAUGCCCAGUGUGUAAAGAAGAUUAUAUUGUUGGAGAAAAUGUGCGGCAGCUCCCAUGCAAUCACAUGUUCCACAAUGAGUGUAUAGUCCCCUGGUUGGAACAGCAUGACACCUGUCCAGUGUGCAGGAAAAGCUUGAGUGGACAAAACACAGCAACGAAUCCUCCAGAACUAUCAGGGAUGAACUUUACCUCUUCUCCCUCCUCAUCCUCUUCCUCUUCUUCCUCCUCUUCUACACCCCAGCCCUGAACUUCGACCAGCAAUGAGAACGCCACUGAUAACUCAUAGAACAUUUAUCCUUUUGAGAGAAUUUUUUUUUUGACUUUUGACUUUUGCACUUCAGAGCUGAGACCUCCAUUCUCUGGCUGCCUUAUGGCAGUAGUCUCAAUCCACCUAUCCAGGAGCACUCACGACUGAAUUUUGUUUUUCCCACCUUCAUUGGGAAUGUGAGCAAAGGAAGGGCUGAGGCCUGAAGUGCAGUUUCCUUCGAGAACGAUAUGGAGAAGCGUUAAAACUUCAAGCAACUUCAUCUUCUUGGAAUUUGAUGUUGCCACUUAAAUUUGAUUAACUUCAUGAUUAUGUACAAUGUGCUGAAAAUAAAGUUUUGUGGGUGCUAAUAUUCUCAUGCAAGUCAUUUUCAUUUUAAUUUCCUCUUAAAGGUGAACAGUUACAGACUGUAAUAGGACUGGACUGAAAGACUGCCCAUGGUGACCUACUGCGAUCAUCGGUGGAAAAACCAUUGAAACAAAGUCUUUUUUUGUUACAUUUGAUCCAUGCUUAAAUAUGAAUUGAAAGCGAAGAAUUAAAAAUCCAGUACAAUGCCACUUCUGUGAUUAUAAAUGCAGUAGUAUAUUGAAACUGUUAAAACACACAGAUGACUAUUGGGUUGUCUGUGCUUUCUGGUCUAAAUUAUUGUAUUCCUUUCAUCAAGUCAGGCAGGUCAUUGCAACUACCAAGCAGCAACUACAGAACAAUGACCCCAUUAGCAAGUACCUUUGGAUGUUUUCCAUGCAUAAUACAGGUUUUGAGACCAUUUUGUACUUUCAAAGUAAAGCCAAGUCCAAAGGCAUGCCUAUAAUAAACAGUCUGUGUUGAAUCCUUAACCGGUGCGCUUGCCUGCAAAAUGUUAUCAAUAAGCCAAUAAAUUCUGCUUCCUUCUUUUGUUUAGCCAUAUGGGUGUAUUUCCUCCACAUUGUUCUGUUCUCCUCAGGGGUUUGUGUUCAAAGUCCUUUAAUCCAAAAGUAUUGUUAGGACACAAUUCUGGCUUGGCUGAACACCUCUGACUUAAGGCCAUGGGUAUGACUCCACAAUAUGUUGAUUCAUGUUCAAUUUUGUCUUUGCAUUGUGGAUGAUGUUGCAAGUGGUUAUGCCUUUUGACUGCAUACUUUGAAGCUUGAGAUUUUUAAGGAUGUUGCUUCAAGCUUUAUAGUUUCUUAUAGCUUGUGCUAAGGUAUAGCACUGAUAUACCAUUCAAUUAUUCUUUGUUACAAUUCAAAAGUUCUCAUUUGGGAAAAUGGUCAGUGGAAAAUUUUAGAGUACAAACAGUUAUGAUGAAAGCAGCAUUUAGUUUUAGAAAAGCAAAAUUUGACAACCUAGCAUACUACAUUGGAAUGCUAAUCUUUAAUAAAGAUAAUUUCUGUUCUGUAGUUGCUGGGUCCUAAAUCUAAUUCCUACUUAAAAUUUUUAGGUGAGACAACUUUUCUGAGAUAUGUUUAUAUGAAGUGAUUUCAUGUGAUUGUCCUUAAAUGCUAAAUAUAGGACCGUUGUUGCAGGUAUUAAAAUAAUUAAAAUGAUUUUGGUAAUUGGUGUUGAUGCACACAUUUCCUUACAGUGUCUUGUCUGUUAACAUGGUGAACAAACUUGUCAACCAGAAUGUGCAAUAAUGUGUCUUUUUAUUUCAAAUGUUUCACCCGAGCAGCAUGUAGUUCUCCGCUUGUGUUCAUUUUCCCUGUGAUCGUCUUUCGACCUGCCCACAAUGUGCUCUGCAUUCGCCCAUAUUCAAAUUAGAAAUGCUCAAGCCCCUUUACUAUUUUUAUGUUGGGAAAAGUGAUAUGUCAUGAUAAAUAUCCUAGUUACUGGA